UUUUCUCCACUUUUAAGGUUUUAUUUUGAAAUCUUUCCAUGUCAUUUGGAACAAGUAAAAAUCAAGUUCAACAGGAAUGAUCUGGUGACCUGACGUACCUUCAGUUGUUUUCUGUCUGUGAGGAUCUCUGGACGUAGAAGUGUAGUCGCCUUGGGUUUAUUUAUCUGACAAAAUGAGUAAACCAAAGAACAAAAAUGACGACAAAACGGAGAAGGCCCUGGCUGCUGAGAAACAACAGUUUGGCAAACAGCAGCUCCAGAGCCUCAGCAAAAUUGCCAACACAGCUGAAGUUCCACCUAAAGAGAAAUAUGUUCGUAAUAUAAUUCUGGGAACUCACAAAGAGGGCGGAGCCACCACCUUCUGGUCAUACGUCCCCAACCUGCCUCUGUCCAGCCAAUCCCUGGUCAGCUGGAAGGUCUGCUACCUGCUGCACAAAGUGCUCAGAGAGGGACACAGAAAUGUCAUUACAGAUUCUCACAGACACAGCCGCAGCAUAAGAGACAUGGGAGUCCUGUGGGGAAACCUGCACGAUCGAUAUGGUCACAUUGUUGCCUUGUCUGCUAAAUUUCUCCACCUCAAAAUGGAGUUUCAUGCAAAGCACAAGGUGAUUCCAGGUAACCUGGAGGCCUCUGACGACACCCUGGAGAGAGAAGCAGGAACCGACAUGACCAAAGUGCUGGAUAUGACUCAGGAGCUGCUGGAUUACUUGGAUGCUGGACUGAAGAUGGCCGAGACGGUUCUCCGUCAGAUGGACGCCAACGGGGCCAAAUCCACGACCCCGGCUGGUCAGUGCAGGCUGACGCCCCUCAUCCCGCUCAUCCUGGACUGCAGCUACCUCUACCACUUCUCUGUCCGGCUGCUGUUCAAGCUGCACAGCUGCAUCUCUGCGGAUGUGCUCCUCGGACACAGAGAGAGAUUCCGUGACCUUUUCACGAGCCUCACCCAGUUCUUCAACAGAGCCAGAGAAAUUGAGUUCUUUAAGAGCAUCAUCCAGAUCCCAGACCUCCCAGAUGGUCCUCCAAACUUCCUGCGAGCCGCUGCCCUGGCUGAGUACAAAAAGCCAGUGGUGCUGAUACCUGGCGAGGAUCGUCCAGAGGAGGACGAAGUGGAAACGCAGCCAGAGCUCAGAGAAACGCCUCAGACGUCACAGCAGUACUAUUUGGUCAGCCAGAUGGGAGGACCGGAGGCGUCUCUGGACUACAGAGACACCAACAGCAACAGCUACAAGAGGGAGCUGGAGGCGCUGAAACCGGAGAUAGAGCUUAUCAAGAGUGAGGCUCAGAAAUCUAUGAUAGAGUUAAAGUCUCAGGUGAACCGUCUGGAGGCGGAGCUUCAGGAGCAGCGCUCCCACAGACAGGUCGCCCUGGUCGAAAACGAACACCUGCGGAUGGAAGUGGAGGCUCUGCGCAGCGCUAACGUGGCCAACGUUGGAGCUCAGAUCGGAUACAAAGAGGCGGACAGCAGAGCUCAGGCUGCUGAGGUUCGCUUCACGCAGCUCAAAGAGAGACACGCAGAGCUGGUUACGAGCCACGCCGACCUAAUGAAGAAGAACGCAGAAACAGUUAAGAUGCUGUCGAGUACAAAGGUCGUGCAGGACGACUUGCUGAGAGCAAAGCAGCAGCUGGAGAGCGAAGUGGAGAACCUGAGACUGGAGAAAAGAAACGUGACGAGUCAUCAGCAGCAGGAAGUCGACCGCCUGAAUAAAGAGCUGCUGGAGCAGAGAGCGGAGAUGGCCAUGCUCCGCAGCACUCUGGAGAGUAAAGAGCAGGAGGGGACUCAGGUGAGCAGCAGCCUGAUGGCGCUCCAGGCAGAGCGGGACCUGCUGCUGCGCUCCGCCGUGGAGAAAGACGCAGAGCUGUCGUCUCUGAGGCAGCUGGCCCAGCAGCAGCAGAGCGCCGUGGAUCUGGAGAAGGAGCAGCUGAGACGAGAGCUGGAGGCCCUGAGAGCCCAGCUGCAGCAGCAGCUCGCCAUCAACGCAGAGCAGAAGCUGGAGAUCGACCGGCUGAAGCGAGAGCUGGACUCCACCAGAGCGGAGCUGAGUCGAGCCAACACUCUCCUGCAAAGCAAAGAGAUGAGCGGCACGCAGCUGAGCAGCACGCUGGCCGGCCUGCAGGCGGAGAAGGAUGCGCUGCUGCGUUCGGUCCGGGACCAGGAGGCGGAGCUGAGCUCUCUGAGGCAGCAGGCUCUGCUCCACCACAGCACCCUGGAGCAGGAGAGGCAGCGCAGCAGCAUGGAGCUGGGAAGCCUACGCUCCCAGAUGCAGCAGCAGGCCUGUCGGGAGGGCGAGCUGGCCCAGAAGCUGCAGGACGAGCAGUUCUGUCUGCUGCAGUGUGCCGUGGUGGAGGCCGAGGGCAUCAUACUGGACGCCGUGGCCAAACUGGACGACCCCAUACAUGUCCGCUGCAUCAGUUCUCCAGAUUAUUUGAUAAAUCGAGCUGAAAUCACUCUGGGUUCUAUUGAUAAAAUGCAGCAGAGCCACAUGUUCUACCUGGGAAACAGGAACGACGCCAGUGGCCUGCUGAGAGCCGUCACCCAGUUUUCCCACAUGGCCGCUGACACCAUCGUCAACGGCUCGGCGACGUCACACUCGGCUCCCAUCGACCACGCUAACGGUUUAACGGACAGCUGCCGGGAAUGUGCCAACCACUGCCUGCAGUACCUGAAUGACCUGAAAUCUCAGGCCAACCUACAGCGAGCAAACCCGUCUGCCAUCCGCUACACCGUCCAGCGAAUCCUCGCCAUGGGUCAGGAGCUGCGGCCCAAAGGACAGGAUGUGCUGAAGGAGGAGCUGGGAAGCAUGGUGGAUAAAGAAAUGGUUGCUACGUCAACCGCCAUCGAGGAGGCUGUGCUGCGGAUGGACGAGAUUCUGUCCCAAGCAAAGAAAGACACCACCGGUCUGAAGCUGGAAGUCAACCAGAGCAUCCUGGGAUCCUGUUCAGAUCUGAUGAAGGCUGUUCAUAUCCUGGUCACUGCUGCUACCGACUUACAGAAAGACAUCGUGGAAGGAGGCAGGGGGGCGGCGACUGUCACUGAGUUCUACGCCAAAAACUCUCGGUGGACUGAAGGAUUCAUCUCAGCGUCCAAAGCUGUGGGCUGGGGAGCCACUCAGCUGCUAGACUCGGCUGACCGGGUUGUGGGAGAAAAAGGAUUUUAUGAGGAGCUCAUUGCCUCGUCCCAUGAGAUCGCCGCAAGCACCGCACAGCUGGUUGCUGCGUCCAAGGUGAAGGCUGAUCGCAACAACAAGAAGCUGUACACGCUGCAGCAGGCCUCUCGCCAUGUGAAUGACAUGGCCGCCGUAGUCGUCACCUCCACCAAGCACGGACAGCAGCAGAUCUCCGACCACGGUGUGAUGGACUUCUCUGGCAUGUCUUUAAUCAAACUCAAGAAAGAGGAAAUGGAAGCUCAGGUCAAAGUGCUGCAGCUUGAGAACCAGCUGGAUCAGGAGCGAGUCCGCCUUGGGGAGCUCAGGAAGAGGCACUACGAGCUCGGAAGCCCGGGGUCCCCGGACGAUGAUAGCUUCCCUCCCCCUCCACCGCCUACCCUGCUGGACCCCACCCCACUGUCUUCAUCUUUUUCACACACGCAGCCCUUCACAAGCAUGCCGAGCUUCUCACUGCCUCAGUCUUACACACCGUCUCAAACUUACACUCCAUCUCAGCCGUUCACAUCUUCUCAACCCUACACUCCCUCCCAAGCCUACACCCCACCUCAAAGCUUCACCCCCUCCCAAACGUACACACCCUCACAGCCCUACAUCCCAACCCAACCUUACACUUCAUCAAUGCCUUACACCCCAAGCCAGAGCAACCUACAGCCCCAGUCCCAUUCGCUGUCACAGCCGUCGUCGCUCCCAUCGGCCGCCGCCCAGACCAAACCGGCGUCUCAGCUGCAGAGCAACACCGAGUCACACAAACUGGCCUUCAAGAAACCAAGCAUCUUUGUUAAAUCCGGAAACCUGCUGAAAAAUGCGUUCAAACGAGGUGAAACUGGAACUGGAGAGUCUUAAUCUACUGAAGACGACGAUUCAGACUUUGUGACGUUAGCCUUCGCUGGAGAAUAUUGGAUUCACGUGUUACAGUUUGAAAACGGAUGACAAUUGAAAAUUUUUGUAAACAUUUUGAGACUACUUGCGCUAAUUUCUUGAUUUCCUAAAAAGCAGAAAUGCUUUAAAAUCUGUUUUGAUUUGUCUUGUUUCAACACUUCAGUACAACUUCAGCUCAUUUUUGUUGGACUUUGCUGUCAAGACUGUUUACUUUUUACAGUUUUCUUUGAUCUUAUCCAGUUUGCUUUUAACAGUUGCUUACAGAAUGACGUCAAUAUUUUUUUAAAGCCCCUGUAAAUAAGUAGUAUUUUUCCUAAUAUUAAAAAAGUGCAAACAACUAGAGUGGGGAAAGACGGCAUGAAUGCCAAAAGCCAUUGCAAUAAUCACUCAUCUAUGAGCCUUUAGUGCCUUUUCUUACUAAUCUGUGCAAUUCUAAUUAUAGUGAUUAAUUGCACUAUGAACAAUCAUGACUCAAAAUAUAUCAGUUUUAUUUAUAUAAUAUUUAUCAGUUUUUGUGUAUUUGGUAUUUAGUGACUGUUUUUAAAUCAUAGCAUGGGUAGAUCAUUUACACCGAGAUGCAAUUUCCUUGUACUUGACGGUGAAGACGUGGAUUGUGAUAGAUCUUAAAUGAUUUGGGUUGCUGUCAUGUGAUUGGCUGAUUCACUAUUAGUGUUUAAGCGAUUGAAGAGGUGUACCCAAUAAAGUGACUAUUGAGUG